AUGAUUACGAGAUUUUACAUCUUGUACAAUAGUAUUAUUUGUUUAGAAUUUUAUUCUGUUAUGGCAAUAUUCAACGGCCACGACAUCAGAAUAGAAGCAGCCCCGUACCAAGUGAAUUAUGGAGACAUUUGUGGAGGUGUGCUUAUUCAUCAGCAAUGGGCUUUGACUACUGCCCACUGCGGUACAGAAAAAACGUACAUUCGAAUCGGCAGUAAACACCGCCUAAGAGGUCCAAAAGUUAUAGUGGAUCGUCAUCUGAUACACCCUAAGUAUAGAAUAGAGCAUUCUUUUGAUUACGACGUCCAGUUGCUACGUCUUCGCAGGAAGCUGCACUUCAGCGAAAGAAUCGCAAAGAUUGAAAUCAGCGAUGGCAAUUUUGAUGAGGACAUUGAAGUCUCUGGAUGGGGUUACCCUGUUGAAAAAGGUGACUACAAAGAUGUUCUUCAACUAGUAAGAGUUCCUAUUGUGCCAAUACAAAAGUGUCAGGAGGUAAAUGAAUUUUGGUACAAUCACACUCUGACGCCGAGAAUGUUCUGUGCCGGUGGGGAAGAUGGUGAUGCGUGUCAGGGAGACAGUGGAGGCGCGGCAGUAUCUUUCGGCAGACUCGUCGGCUUGUCGUCCUUCGGCUACGGUUGCGGUCGAAAUAUACCAGGAGUGUACACUAAUCUGUCCGAUAUUGGAAUAAGGACUUGGAUACAAAACUAUGUAACUAAUUAA